AUGCAGAGUCACGGAAGAUGCUUGAAACUCUUUCUUGCAUUUGCGCUGCUUUUGCUGCAGUACACCCAAGGAGGAGAGGUGGACCACAGUCAGAGGGAUACUAACGUUACCAUAAGGUGCAUAGAGAGGGAAAGGCAAGCACUCCUUGCAUUCAAACGGGGCAUGGUGGAUAAGUCCGAUUUACUCUCUUCAUGGGGUUCAGAAGCACAAAAACAAGAUUGCUGCAGAUGGGUGGGAGUCUCUUGUAGCAGCCAAACUGGCCAUGUUCUUCAACUUGAUCUUUCAUACAAAGUUGUAGGCGGCUAUUUCAAUUUUCGAGGUAAGAUGAUUAGUCCUAAACUGAUUGAGUUGCACCAUUUACAACAUUUGGACCUCAAUGAUAUUAAUUUCAAUGGGAGCCAAUUUCCAUAUUUCAUUGGUUCUUUAACCAAUUUAAGAUACCUUGAUCUUUCUUUCACUAAUUUUCAAGGGAAGUUUCCAAGUCUGGUCGGAAAUCUUACGAAUUUGGUGCAUCUGAACUUACAUGGUAAUGACUUUAUAAAUGCUGAAAAUCUCGAUUGGCUUCCUCUUCUUUCGUCGUUAAGAUAUUUGGACUUGAGUUUCUCGAAUCUCAGCAAUAUUUUCGAUUGGCCGGCAGCCAUUAAUAAGCUUCCUGAACUAACAAACUUGACACUAGGUGCAUGUGAUCUUUGUUCUCCAAUUCUUUCCACUCUUUCUUACAUAAACUCUUCUAAAUCUCUUGCUAGCGUUGACCUUCAUGCCAACCUUUUGAAUAGUACUUCAAUAUUCCUCUGGUUGUCCAACUAUAAUACCAGCCUUGUUGAUCUUGACCUCUCUUUUAACCAACUAGCCGGUUCAAUUCCUGAUGCUUUUGGAAACAUGAGCUCUCUGGCACAUCUUGAUCUCUCUUAUAACCAACUUGAAGGGUCAUUACCUGAUCUUACAAACCUUUCAUCUCUAGAAGUCUUGUCUCUUAGUGACAAUCAAUUAAGCGGAGAAAUUUCAGGAACUCAUUUCUCAAAACUCUCCAAACUAUGGAAUUUGGAUUUAUCUUCUAACUUGCUAGUUUUAGACAUCCACGCUGAUUGGAUUGCUCCUUUCCAACUGCAGUCCAUAAAUUUAGAGUCUUGCAAGCUGGGUCCGCAUUUCCCAAAAUGGCUUCAAACUCAAAAAAAUAUCUCAUUCCUUGAUAUUUCUGAUGCUGGAAUUUCCGACAUUCUUCCAAGUUGGUUUUGGAGUUUAUGUCGUAAUGUGGAAUAUAUGGAUCUCGCACGCAACCAAAUUAGAGGUACAUUUCCAAAUUUGACAUUGGAAUUUUCAUAUUCCCCUAUGCUAGAUCUGAGUUCGAACAAGUUGGAAGGUUCAAUCCCCUCAUUUCUAUCAAAAGCCUCAUAUUUGGAUCUGAGUUCGAACAAGUUAGAAGGUCCAAUCCCCUCAGUUCUAUCAAAAGCCUCAUAUCUGGAUCUGAGUUCGAACAAGUUGGAAGGUCCAAUCCCCUUAGUUCUAUCAAACGUCACAUAUCUGGAUCUUUCUAAUAAUAAACUUUCAGGGUCAAUUUCGUUCUUGUGUUCAAGUGCAGCUAUUGGUUUAGUCUUUCUUAACCUCUCAAGCAACAAUGUUUCUGGACAAGUUCCAGAUUGCUGGACACAUUUGGAGAAUCUAGUCAUGCUUGAUUUGAGUUACAAUGCUUUGUCCGGGAAAAUUCCUACAACAAUAGGCUCUGUAUUUGGGAUUGAAACACUCAAAUUAAGAAGCAAUAGAUUUGUGGGACAAUUGCCUGCUUCGUUGAAGAAUUGCACAAGUUUAGUAGUUAUUGAUGUUGGGGACAAUAAAUUAUCCGGACCAAUACCUGAAUGGUUAGGGGUUAGCUUAAAGAAUUUGGUUAUCCUGAUGCUUUCGUCUAAUCACUUCAAUGGAAGCUUGCCCUCACAAUUAUGCCAUCUAAUACGAAUUCAAAAUUUGGAUUUCUCUAUGAACAUCAUCUCUGGAAGCAUACCCAAAUGCCUCACCAAUUUAACUACUCUGGCUCAGAAAGGAAAUUCAAGUCUGAACAUCUCACAUUCUUAUGAAAUUUCUACGAUCAAUUUGGUAGAUUUUUAUGACGAUGAUGCAACCUUCAUGUGGAAAGGAGGAAUGCAGACAUACAAAAGUACUUUGGGGCUCGUGAAGAGAAUUGAUCUGUCAAGCAAUAAAUUAACAGGGGAGAUUCCAAGUGAAAUCACUCAUCUUGUUGGGUUAGUUUCUUUAAACCUAUCGAGAAACCAAUUAACAGGUCAAAUAACUCCAAAGAUCGGAAACUUGCAGUCAUUGGAUUCUCUUGAUUUGUCACGAAACCAUAUAGACGGAAGAAUUCCAACAAGCCUUGCUCGGAUAGAUCGUCUUGGUUUCUUGGACUUGUCAUAUAACAACUUGUCUGGCAAAAUUCCAGUCGGAACUCAGCUCCAAGGCUUUGAUCCCUCUUUUUAUGCUGGGAAUCUUCAACUCUGUGGACCUCCACUUAAAAAGAUGUGUGCUGAUGAAGUGGAAAAAGGUCCAAGUGAGCAAACUGACUUCAUCAACCAAAAUGACAAGGAUGAGCUAAUAACACUGGGAUUCUACAUUAGUAUGGGGCUUGGAUUUGCUAUUGGAUUUUGGGGAGUUUGCGGCACCUUGAUAUUUUCAAAGUCAUGGAGGUACGCAUACUUGAAGUUCUUGAAUGGUUUAAAUGAUUAGUUUUUUGUGAGGAUAGCUUUGUUUAAGCAGCAAUUGAAGGAUGCUUAAUUACUAAAGAUCAACGGUAAGUAAUCUCUCUUUCUCUCUCUCAUUGUUUAUUAUUAUUUUAUUGACUUAAUCAACAUGCAUGAUUAAUUUGGUUUUUCUAAUUU